AGAGCGCUUGCAAUAAAGAGGACAAAGCCCGGAGAAGUUUCUGGACUCUCUCACACAGCCGCUUCGUCUAUAAAAUAACAAAAACCAGUACGACUGUGAUUGACAGGAGCUCAUUUGUGCAGAUAACAAUGGCUGAUGAUAUCUUUGGGUUCCGGUAUCCUUUUAGGCGACUCUUGUGGAGCCCUUCGGUGUUCCGCGAAUGGUCUGGAUCUCCACCUCCCAUGGACUGGGUUGAAACUUCCUCCGCUCAUAUCUUCAAACUCAAUGUUCCUGGAUACAACAAAGAGGAAAUCAAGGUUCAGGUGGAAGAAGGAAAUAUUUUGCACGUAAGGGCAGAGAUGGGUAAAGAGGAAGGCCAUGGAAAUGACACAGUUUGGCAUCUUGCAGAGAGAGGGACAGGAAGGAGAAGCUUUUCUCGAGAAAUUGAAUUGCCAGAAAAUGCAAAGGUGGAUCAAAUUAAAGCUCAGGUGGAGAAUGGUGUACUCACCAUUGUUGUGCCCAAGGAUAAAAGUCCAAAGCCAUCUAAAGUGAGAAAUAUUAACAUCACUAGCAAGCUCUGAGAAGAAAAUCUGAUGUUCCAUUUGCACUGAAGUUAGCUGAGAAUAAUUGCUCAAAAAAAAAUAAAAGCUGAAAAUAAUGUUGGCGUUAUAAACCGUUGUUCCUUUCUUUUGCAUACUUGUCAAUAAAAUUUGCCUUGUGAUGAAC